AUGAUGGACACAGAGGAAGUCAGACUGGUUGGGCCUUCCCAAAGAAAGAUGACAGAGAAUGUCUUCCAGAAGAAGGAACAGUCUUCUCAGAAUCAGUGUGCUCCCAGGAAGCAGGAAGGAAGCCACUCUAGAGAUAGCACAAGGAAGCGGCCAAAGAAAAGAAUGAGCAAGUCCAUUCUUGGUGGGACCAACAAAGCCCUCAGUGAAACCCUCCUAGAUCACCACGCAGAAGGGACUCCAUUCGAAUGCACAAUCUGUGGGAAGAGUUUCAGCAGUAAUUCAGAGAUUACUAGGCACAAAAGGACCCACACGGGGGAGAAACCAUACAAAUGCUCUUUCUGUGGGAAAACCUUCACUCAGAGCUACCACCGCGUUGUUCAUGAGAGAUCUCACACGGGAGACAACCCUUAUGAGUGUUCUGUCUGUGGGAAGCGCUUCAGUCGUAAUUCGCACCUUAUCAUCCACGAGCGUAUCCACACUGGGGAGAGACCCUUUAAGUGUUCGACCUGUGGGAAGUGCUUCAGUUCGAAGUCACACCUUGUCGUCCACGAAAGAAUCCACACCGGGGAAAAACCUUACGAAUGCCCGACGUGCGGGAAGGGGUUUGCUUGCAAGUCGUCCCUAAUUUUACAUGGCAAGACUCAUUCUGGGGAGAGACCGCACAAGUGCUCUGUCUGCGGGAAGUGCUUUGCCCGCAACGCGACCUUGGUCAUACACCACCGGACCCACACAGAGAAACCAUACCACUGUUCUGCCUGUGGGAAAGGUUUCCAUCAUCAAAAGCAUCUUUUGAAACAUGAAAAAAACCACAUAGAAAUGUUCGCAUUAAGCAUCCAAUAAUCUGUAUGGGAUCCAGAGGCCCUGAGUUUGAGAGAUUUUUUAAACAAGUCAUUCUUUACUAUAUA